UAUAUAAAUGUAUUGCAUAGGCAGCCUCUCCCCUCAGGCCUCAAUCGCUCUUCUCCCAUCCACAACUCAAAACCCUAAACAGCGUCUCUCCUCUUUCUCUUCUCAACCUCCACAGUGUUGAAUCGGUUACACAGCCAUUUUGCUUCUACACAUUGCAAGUUGGAGCUUGCUAAAAGUCAAAAGUGUUUUUUAUGUCCGAGCAGGCUAUUCUCUACUUAGGGUGGAUUGGGUUGUUAGGUGAAUAUUCUCCUACAUCAAGAAAAAAGACCUCUCUUUAUAUGCAUCAAUCACCAUUCCAUUUCCAACACACCACAUCAUUCACUGGUCACUCUUGGCCACAACCUUUUCUCUCCACCAUAUCUCUGAAACAUUCCAUUUCUACCCUCCUCUAAUAUCUCCACUAUCAACCCCCCAAAAAUGGCAUUACAGAACAUUGGUGCUGGCAACAGUGAUGACGCCUUUUACAGAUACAAAAUGCCCAAAAUGGUCACGAAAAUUGAAGGGCGUGGAAAUGGAAUUAAAACAAAUAUAGUCAACAUGGUUGAUGUUGCUAAAGCUUUAGCUAGACCACCUUCUUAUACUACUAAGUAUUUCGGGUGUGAACUCGGUGCCCAAUCAAAAUUUGAUGAAAAGACUGGUGUGUCCUUAGUCAACGGGUCCCACGACACUGCAAAACUUGCGGGUCUUCUUGAAAUUUUUAUUAAAAAAUACGUUCAGUGUUAUGGAUGUGGGAAUCCUGAAACUGAAGUUUUGAUCACUAAAACUCAAAUGGUUCAACUCAAAUGUGCUGCUUGUGGGUUCAUAUCUGACGUGGACAUGAGAGAUAAGUUAACAUCAUUUAUCCUCAAAAACCCACCUGAGCAAAAGAAGUCAAAAGACAAAAAAGCCCUUAGGAGGGCUGAAAAGGAGAGGUUAAAAGAAGGGGAAGCAGCUGAUGAGGAGAAUAAAAAGGUGAAGAGUAAAAAAAAGGGAAAAGAAGUAAAACCGACAUCUUCACCACCUGCUGACGUGGCGGAUGUCGACGAUGACAACAUCCAAUGGCAGACCGACACGUCAGCGGAAGCCGCACGCCAGCGUGUACAAGAACAGCUGAGCGCGGUGACAGCCGACAUGGUGAUGCUGUUGGAUGAGCCGGAGGAGGUGAAAACGCCACAUCAGAUUUUAGUUGAGAAAGUGAAGGAGGAUUUGGAGAAGGGAGUGGGGCCGGAUGUGAUGAUGUCAGCGCUGACUGGGACGAGAAAGGAGAACGUGAACGCGGUGUAUGAAGGGUUGUUUGACGGGGUGGAGAAGGGGUUUGCGAAGGUGGUGGUGAAGAGGCGGAAGUAUCUGGCGGCGGUGGUGGCGGAUGGGGAGGAGGGGCAGAUGAUGUUGCUUGGGGCGGUGGAGGAGUAUUGUGGGAAGGUGAAGAAUCCGGUGGCGGUGAAGGAGGUGGCGCUUGUUUUAAAGGCGCUUUAUGAUGCGGAUGUGGUGGAGGAGGAGUAUGUGGUGAAGUGGUAUGAGGAGGGGUUGAAAGGUGGGAAUAAGGAUUCCGUUAUUUGGAGGAAUGCGAAGCCGUUUGUGGAAUGGCUUCAGAGUGCGGAAUCGGAAUCAGAGUAGGAAUGGAAUGGAAUGGAAUUCAAGUGUUUUGGUUAUGGUUUUGGUCUAAAAUAAUUGAAUCAUUUUGAGGGUAAUGAGUUUGAGUUUUGAAUUUUUGACGUGUCACUAAAUUGAGCCUUCAAUUUUAAUCGUAUUUGUAUGGGCCUCUA